AUGUCCAAGUUUAAACCAACAGAAAUAGACAAAGAAAUAAUUAGAAAUGCCAAUAUUCGCGGCAAAAUUAAGAAUGUCAUUCAUUUUUCCUACGAUAAAAAACCUUACGCGAUAGUUAUUAAUAAAGUUGCUCGCUUAUAUGCAAUUAGGUUAAUCAAUUAUGAAGACGAAGGUGAAUAUGGAGUAGAAAUAUUAGCGGUUAAAAGAUUUCCAAACUUGGUGGAGUUUUAUCGAACAAAGGAAGAUGUUGAGAAUAAAGCCAAAGAAAUUCAAGAUAAUAAUAACCGAGAGAUAUACGAAUGCAAAUACAAAUUUGAAACGUACGAGGAUGAUAUGGAAAAUAACAUAUUAAUAAUUGGAAGGACAGGCAGUGGCAAAUCUUCUUUGGCUAAUGUAAUCAGCAAUGCUAAUGAAUUCGGAGAAAGCAGUGGCUCGAUUAGCAAAACUAAAAAUUUCCAAAUCAAAGAUUUUGAAUGGAAAAAAAGUGAAUAUCGAGUGAUUGAUACUAUCGGACUUGGUGAUACUAAUUUAUCACCCAAGAAAGUCAUAAUCAAAUUGGCUGAGGCUAUUUACUCAAUGAAAAGAGGGAUAAAACAAGUAUUUGUGGUAGUGGGAGGAAAAUUUACCGAAGAAGAAAUAGAACUUUUUGAACUGGCCGAGAAGAUUUUUGAAAAAAAAAUUAUUAAAUACACGACUAUUGUGAGAAGCAAAUUUGACUGUUUCGAGGAACCUGAAAAAUGUAAAGAAGAUAUAGACGAUUUAAAAAAAGAGAAUAAAAAAAUCGCUGAUUUGAUUAGUCGCUGCAAUGGAAUCAUAUAUGUGAACAAUCCUCCGUUAAGCGGCAAUAAAAAAAGACGAGAAAUUGACCAAGCAGACAGAAAAAAAUCAAGAGAAAUGCGGUAA